UGCAGCAAGGAGCAGUCUUGCAAGCAAAGGCUGUUAAUUGUGGAUUUUUAGUACGGAGAAAACCACAGCCAAGCUGACCAGAAAGACUGGAAUUUCAUUUCUCUCUCUCUCUCCACACCCCCACCCCCGCCCCCUCUGUCUUUCUCCCUGUCGCCCACUCAUUGGAUUUCUUUCUCUGCCAGCCUUUUAAACCAGAGAUUACUGGGUCAGUGACAUUCAUUAUUCCUUUUAUGAUCUCGCGUUCAGCCUCCUGGAGAAACACUGCUACCUGAUUAUCAAACCUUAAAAGUACUCUGAGAACACAUUCAUCAUUUUGUCAGGCUUGACCAAUGAAUUCUAUAAAAACCCAAGGAUAUUUUGAAAGGCCCCUGUCUGAAUUUCAGUCAAGGAAUGCGUCUUAAUAGAAAACAUGUGGUACAUCGUUACCUGCGACUAACAUUUUGGUCUUUCAUUAUGUGGUGAAAAUCUGCUGGUGGAGAAAGGGAAGACUUCUUCUGUUAAGAACAUAUUCACGGGAGGAAAAGAGCUGGCGUCCCCUCAUAAUAUGAAGCCCUUUGAGAAAAGCUGGUUGUUUCUACUGCUGCCUCUUCUGCUAAGAGUUGUCUGCUCCUCCUUUAUUAGUGUCAACCUUGGGCUGAAGGUGAUGAAGGGACAGUCUGUCUUCCUGUCAGAAGAUGACCUCAAGUUUUCCAUCCCCAGGGAGAAGGAUGUCUGCAAAGUAGAAGUUGUGAUUAAUGAGCCAAUAACUCAGCGGGUUGGGAAACUAACUCCAGAGGUUUUUGACUGUUGCUUCCUUCCGAAUGAAGUCAAAUAUACCCACAACGGCUGUCCCAUUUUAGAUGAAGACGUGGUCAUGCUUAGGCUGUACAGGUUUACAGAAACUGAAACGUUUGUAGAAACGUUCACCCUCCGUGUGCAGUUACUUGAGCCAGACUGUAACAUCAUCAAAAUGCGCUCCCGUGCCCUGGAGGUCCCUGAGCACUAUGGGCUGUCCAGGGCGAUUGACAAGAAUGUCCUCGCUUUUGACUAUGACAGGAAGAUAAAUCUGGAUUGCACCAUUUCCAUUGCCUCUUCGGAAACCCACCUGCCUGCUUAUGGCCAGCUUAUCACCGGGGAAGUGCAGCGAGAGCAGCUUCGUGGAGAUCAGCCACAGAGCUUCUUCCCUGGCCCUAAGCACAGCCUGGGCCAGCAGUGCAGAAACGGGAGCUGUGUGCUGAGGCUGGGAGUCAUUCCCAACACAAAAAUGAGCUGUGAAGAAUUUCUGAGGAUGGGGAUUCGGUAUCAGCACCUUGACCCUCCCUCGCCUGACACCGACUACAUUCCUCUGAGGUUGGAUCUCACAGACAGCAGAAGCAAAACUCUGCACAAGACUGAGUACGCGUGGCUCCCUGUUCAGAUUAAAGGCGCUAUUCCCAACCAAAUACCCAAAGCUGCCCCGGUGGCUAAAUUCACCCUGGAAGUAGAUCAGUUCAUUUUAACCCCCAUUACAACCACAACUGUUGAUGCUGAAGACGAUGAAACUCCGAAGUCCCUGCUUGUAUUCAACAUUACCAAGCCACCUCCACGAGGCUUCAUCACUCAUCUGUCUGACCACACAAAACCUGUUGGCUCCUUCACGUGGAAGGAUCUCAGUGAUAUGCUCAUUGCUUAUCAGCCUCCAAAUAACAGCUACCCAGAGAGGAGGAAUUAUGAGGUGGAGUUUGAGGUUCAUGACUUCUACUUUGAAAGGAGUUUACCGAUUACUGUGCAUCUUUCUAUCAGAACAACAGAUACAAAUGCUCCUCGAGUUUCAUGGAACACGGGCCUCAACCUCCUGGAAGGGCAAUCCCGACCAAUCACAUGGCAACACUUCCAAAUUGUAGACAACGAUGACAUCCAAAAUGUUCGCUUGGUCACAAUAGACGGCUUACAGCAUGGGCGGCUCACAGUAAGAGGAGGGAAGGGAUUCAUGUUCGCAGUCUCUGACAUUCAGGCUGGAGUUGUUCGCUACCAUCAUGAUGACAGUGAUUCUACUAAGGACUUUGUGGUAUUUAGGAUUUUUGAUGGCCACCACAGUAUUCGCCAUAAGUUUCCAAUCAAUAUCCUCCCUAAAGAUGACAGCCCUCCAUUUCUUAUCAGCAAUGUGGUCAUUGAAGUUCAUGAGGGACAGACGAUCCUGAUUGAGGGCUCCAUGCUUCAUGCUUCUGACAUGGAUUCCAGUGAUGACUACAUACUAUUCAAUAUUACCAAGCCACCACAGGCUGGAGAAAUCAUGAAGAAACCAGGACCAAACCUGAUAGGAUAUACUGUCAGCAGUUUUCUUCAGAGGGAUCUAUUUAAUGGAAUAAUUUAUUACCAUCAUUUGGGAGGAGAAGUAUUUGAAGAUUCCCUUGAGUUUGUGCUGUGCGAUAGCCAUGACCCCCCCAAUCUCUCAGAGCCACAGGUGAUGAUGGUGCACAUUAUCCCUGUGGAUGAUCAGCUACCCAGGGAAGCCCCAGGAGUGACCCGUCAUCUGGUUGUUAAGGAGACUGAGAUUGCUCACCUAACUAAGAAACAUCUCCACUUCAUCGAUGUGGAAGAGGAAGACAGGGAACUCACGUACACCAUAACCACUUCCCCAUUUUUCUCUUGCAUGCACGGCCAUUCAGAUGCUGGGAAGUUAUUUAUGGUGGACACCAUCCCCAAGCUGGUCAAGGAUCCCGCUGCUCUUGCACUGCAGUCAUUUACUCAGCAUGCUGUGAACUACAUGAAAGUUGCCUACAUGCCGCCACUGCAGGACAUCGGGUCUGAACCUCAGCAAGUCCAGUUUAUUUUUUCCGUCAGCAAUCAGCAUGGUGGCACUUUGUAUGGGAUCUGCUUCAAUAUUACAAUUCUUCCUGUGGACAAUCAAGCCCCAGAGGUUUUUACAAGCCAUUUGAGAGUGGAAGAGGGUGGCCUGAGCCCUGUCACAGAGGGACACAUUCUCAUCUCUGAUGUGGACACGAAACGGGAGCAUCUCCUCCUCCUCCUGCAGAGACAGCCUCAGCACGGGGCGGUGGAGCUGGAUGGCAUUCCCAUGAAUGAAGGCGAGAGGCUUUCCUGUGGGGACCUGCGUACCCUGGCCGUCAGAUAUCGGCAUGAUGGAUCUGAGACUCUCACUGAUGAUGUCCUCUUCGCAGCCACAGAUGGCAUCCACUUUGUAGAGUUCAUCCUGCAGGUCAAGGUAUUGCCUGUGAAUGAUGAGCCACCUGUUAUGCGAACAGGCCUUGUUCCUGUGCUCCACUGCCUGGAGGGUGAAGAAGUGGUCCUCUCCUCAGAGUACAUUUAUGCCACGGAUGCAGACAGUGAUGACAUGAAACUGAUGUUUAUGCUGGCUCGCCAGCCCUACCACGGCAUCGUGAAGAAAGCUGGCAUUCCUGUGGAUCGUUUCUCCCAAGCCGAUGUCAUCUCUGGCUUAGUUACGUAUAAGCACACUGGUGGGGAGAUUGGCCUGACACCUUCCAUUGAGAUCUUAACCUUCGUUGUUUCUGACGGUGAGGCUGGCCUUGAUGUGAAGGACUGCUGUUAUGAUGGACCUCUUCCUCCUCCAGUUCCGCUUCAUGAUCCAUUUCCAGUAUACGAUCUUAACAUCACUGUAUUUCCAGUGGACAACCAGCCUCCAUCAAUUGCAACUGGUGCAAGGUUUGUGGUGGAGGAGGGCUCCUCAGCAGCCCUUACUACCAACCAUUUGCUUGCCACUGACCCUGACACCACUGCAGAUGACUUAGAGUUUGUCUUGGUUUCUCCUCCCCAGUUUGGUUACAUUGAGAAUAUACUGCCUUCUCCUGGGUUUGAGAAGAGCAACAUUGGUAUAAGCGUAGCUUCAUUUCACCUGAAGCACCUGAAAGCUCUGAACAUAAACUACGUACAAGCCAGGCACGUGCGAAUGGAGCCAACAGCAGACUGCUUCGUACUUUAUGUCACCGAUGGGCUGCAUCGCUCAGCAGAGACUCCAUUUUUCGUGCUGAUCAACCCAAUCAAUGAUGAAGUCCCAGAAUUCAUAGCAAGGAAUAUUACUGUUCAAGAAGGGCAGAUGAAAGAGCUGGAUCUCUCUGUUAUCAAUGCAGUUGAUCUGGAUGUGCCUCAAGACCGUUUGGUAUUUGGGGUUGUGCAGAGGCCCUCGCACGGAUUCCUUAUUAAUGGAAUUCAUGGCAAUGAUAUUCUACACUAUAAACAGUUAAUUAACCACAACCACCACAGCCAUGGGUUGCUUGUUCAUGACUUUUCCAUGGAGCUACUGAAGAACGGAAUGAAGCUGAUGUACAUGCACGACAAUUCGGAAAACCUCACUGACAGCUUUAAAAUCCAGCUAUCAGAUGGGAAACACAAAGUCCUCAGAACCAUUUCAGUAAAGGUCAUUCCAGUUAAUGACGAGAAACCAGUGCUGAGCAAGAAGGAUGAUUUAGAGGUGAACAUGGGUGAAGCUCGAAUAAUUUCUAGUGCUGUUCUGUCAGCGAAAGAUAAAGAUACCCCCAGGGAGAGAAUUUACUACUUAUUUGAAAGACUUCCAGAAAAUGGUCAGCUUCAGCUCAAGGUAGGCCAAGGCUGGACGACUAUCCAAACUGGAAUGAAGUGCACUCAGGAAGAACUGGAUAUGAACCUUGUGAGAUACGUCCAUACAGGAGCUAUAGGAUCCAAGAACCAAGACAGCUUCACAUUUUAUCUGUGGGAUGGGUACAACAGAUCACCAGCUGUGGACUUCUACAUAAAUAUCAAGGACAUGGAAAAGGGAGACAUUGCUGUUUUCAGAAAGCCUCUUAGAGUGACAAAAGGGGAUCGGGGCUACAUUACAACCAAUGUCCUCCUUGCACUGGAUGGUACUGACAAGCCAGAGGAACUCCUCUAUGUGAUAACCUCCCCACCCCAGUACGGGCAAAUAGAAUAUGUCAGCUAUCCUGGCAUCCCCAUUACGAGCUUCAGUCAAAUGGAUGUAGCAAGACAGAUAGUCUGCUAUGUUCACAACACUAAAGCAGUUGUUCCUGAAGAUGCAUUCAGAUUCGUCAUCAGCAAUGGACUGAGGACUAAGCAUGGGACAUUCAUGAUCUCCUUGGAGGCAGUCGACCAAGCUUUGCCCACACUGUCUAGGAACGCAGGGUUAAGACUAGUGGAAGGCGCUAUGGCACUCCUUUCUCCUGAUGUCCUGCAGCUUUCAGACCCAGACACUGCCAAAGAAAACCUUACCUUCCUCUUGGCUCAGCUCCCCCAGUACGGUCAUCUCUAUUAUCGAGGGGCUGUGCUACUGCAGUACAAUUUCACCCAGCAAGAUGUGGACAACAGGGAUGUUGCGUACAAGCACCGAGGUGGGGAUUCCCAGAUUGACAGAUUUACAUUUGUUGCAACAGAUAGGACUAAUCAAGGCUUCAUCGUGAAUGGCAGGGUGCAGAGCGAGCCAGUGGCAUUCACCAUUCAGGUGGAUCAUUUGGACAAAGUGGCACCAAAAAUUAUUCAUCUCCGUUGUUUUUCUGAUGUGGAACUGCUGAAGAAUGGCAAUUAUGGGAUCUAUAUUACCGCCAGGUCCCUGAAGGCAUCUGACCCCAAUACAGAAGAUGACAAAAUAUUUUUUAAGAUCUUACGAGGUCCUCAUUAUGGCUACCUGGAAAAUAUAACAACAGGUGGAUUUAUUCAAGAAGGGUUUACCCAAAAGGAUUUAAACAACAAAAUCAUACUGUAUGUCAUCAAUCCAUCGCAGGAGGUGAAUUCAGACAAUUUGGAGUUUCAAGUCACAGAUGCCAGUGGAAACUCUGCAGUGCCCCAAAGGCUGGAGCUACGGUGGUCUCGGAUUGAAAUGCAACAGACUGAAUAUGAAGUAUGUGAGAGCGUGGGAGUAGUGUCUCUGAAAAUCACCAGGGCAGGACACUCCGCGGAGUCCGCCUUUAUUGCCGUCAAGGUCAAUGAAAUAUCUGCUAUGCUGGGAAAAGACUUUACAGUGACUCCCUCCAAGCUUGUUCAGUUUGAUCCAGGAAUGUCAACCAAGACGUGGAACAUAGCAAUUACCUAUGAUGGAUUAGAGGAAGAUGAUGAAGUCUUUGAAGUAGUUCUGAACUCCCCUGUGAAUGCCGUUCUUGGCACCCGGACAAAAGCUGUAGUGAAAAUUUUGGACUCAAAAGGAGGUCAGUGCAGCUAUUCCCAUUCUUCUGGCCAAAGCAAGCAGGACUUCUCGGGGAGAGGCACGCUGUUUCCAGUUUCCUCGGGCUCCCCAUCACCUCCCAGGCCUGGCAAUGCUCCCUUGGAAGGGAUCCCACCGCCUCCUUCCAAAGGGAUGAGAGAGCAUGGAGAGGACCCACGGCAGGAACACAGCUUGGCGAAUCAGUCAAGGACCAGGCUGAAAGUGACUGGAAAUGGCAGAAUAGUUCAUCCUUCAUCUGUAUUUAGAAAUGGAACUGAUGUGGUUUUCAAAUAUCAUGGGAUGGUAUCACUCAAAAUAGAGGAUGACACCUCAUCAGCUAAAGCAAACAAGAAGGCUCAAGUGUCAGUAAUUAGCCAAGCAGAACCACAGAUAAAUGUCGUCUCCUCCAGGAAGACAGAAAUCCCACAAGCUGAUAAGGCAGAACUGGCAUCUGAAGCAAGCUCAAGACAUCAGGACUUUUACUCUUUCCCAAAGGCCUGUACACCAGAUUUAAAGGGGCUCUUGCAUUAUGAAGAAAGCAUUCAAAAGUUAUUUCAGUGUGAUGGGAUAAUAUGGAAAUUCUGGAACUCCCAAAGCGAGGAGGCAAGCACAAAGAAAUGUCCCUCUGGAUGGAGUCAUCAUGAGGGCAGCUGCUACUUCCUGGUAGUGAAUCACAAGGUCACCUGGAACACCGCUGCUCGGGCUUGCAGAGAACAAUACCUGGGGAGUCUAGCAAGUGUGGCUAAUGAACAACACAUGCAGUGGCUGUGGGACUUCAGUGGGAGGAAGCCCUUUUGGAUAGGCUUGAAUGACCUAGUCAAUCCGGGACAUUGGGAGUGGAAUGGAGGAGAACCUGUAACCUACAUAAACUGGAGAAGAGGCUCCUACCACUUCCCAAAGAGAGGCAGAAAUUGCGUAUUGGUGCAGAAGCGAGGAAAAUGGCAAGCAACUGACUGCAGGAAGGUCAAACGGAACAGCUAUAUAUGUUCAAGAAAGCUGUAAAGAAUGGAGGAUCUCUGUGAAAGCAGUGGACGUUCAUGUUUCAGUUUUAUUUAUCUGCAGACGUGUGAGGGUACACAGUUAGAAAAUGCUCCUAAUUAUCAGGAAGGUUUAUUCUAUAUGAUGCCAGAGGUGCAAAAGCACUGGACUCCAACCAAGGAACAGAGGUCAGUUGCAAAGAUUAAGUCCAGGUUAAUGUUGUGAACUCUUCCCAAAGACUUAGAUCUGUCACAUGCUCCUAUGUAUUUUUACACCAAAGAGCGAGGCCUAAAGGCUUUCAUCACAUUUCUGUGUAAAAGUACCUUUUAAAAAAAUAAUAAUUAGGUAGCAUAUCAGUUGAUUCUCUUUGCUCUUCAGAGGGGUUGUGAGUUGGCUGUUGCUUUAAUUCGUUUGCAAUAAAAACUGCAGUUUUACCCUGCAGUCACAAAAAGAGGAAGACUGCUUGGGGUGGAAAUGAGGGCAAACUUUGCUGACUGAAAACAGGUCCUCUUGGGUGAGGAGGGGAGGGACAUUACAUCAGGAGACUGGGGCUUCUCUGGGGGAUGCCCUAGUACAAAAAUAAGAAUGGCAGGAUUUAGUGACAGAGUACCAAGAGGAGCAAAGCCUUGUAUUUCUUUUUCUACCUCCCAAGGCCAGCUCCAGAUCCUAGUGGGUCUGCUCACACAGAACUGCAUGUUGUUUCGCAUUCCUACCCAAAAUUGUUCAAUGUUUUUUUGGAGUUGCAGGAUGGUGCUGUAAUUUUUUAGUGUAAUUAAAUAACGGGACCUCUGUAAAUCUAAUGCUAUAUCAAAGGAUGAUUUCCACAAAAAAAAAAUUAAUACUGAAGGUUAAUCCUAGAAUAUUAUCUUGGGAUAUUCAGUGAUACAUGAACAUCAAUAGGAUUUAUAUGUGUGUAUAAACCAAUGUAAUCGUGAGACAUAUUUUGUACUAAAGCAGCUAUGGCUUUUGAAAAGUAUUAAUCUAAGUCCUUAUUAGGGAUUUGCGGUUUUUAAAAAUAAUAAUAAAAAAUCCAGAUUUAGUUCUGAGAAAAGCUUAAAAAUCAGCAUUUAGUAGGAAAAACCAGCUGCCCAUAACUUAAUUUGGACUUGCUUUAAACAUAUGCAGUUGUGGUGUUACCGUUUCGUAAUAUUACAGUAAAUUUAUAUUUGACCUGUCAAAAAUCUUUCUUUAGGACCUUCUUACUGACGGCCUUAAAACUAAAAAAAGAAACAAGCCAUAAGCUUCCCCCACCAAAAAAAAAAAAAAUUAAAGCUCCUCUCAAAUCCUCCCUCUGCCCAUGAUGAGUGUGUGACAGUUGGUGUGGCACUGCGUAGGGUGAAUGUGCCCUGUACCUUACGAGCCCUCACCCCCACCCCAUCUGCCUGCCUGCUGUCAGCGGCUGAUUCUCCCCUUGUCCCCUGCCCCCUGGAUCAAUUGCAUCUGUACACUAUUCCACCCUUCUGGAUGGAAAAAAACCCUCCUUCUGGGGUUCCUCGCAGCAAUUCCUCAGUCCUGUGAGGGACAGAUGCAGCAGAAUCACCUCUCCUCUCCGGGCUGAGAGAUGCUGUUCCAGGGAUUAUUCAUCUCUCCUCCCUGCCUUUGGCAUGCGUGGGUUAUUUAUCCUUCCUCCUCGCCUGUGACAUGUUAAAUGAAUAUGCAUGUGAGUAGCUGCACAGUCUUUAUGUACAGGAAAGGACUGUUGCAGAUAAGAACGAGCGCACUGCAAAAUUAGAGGAAAAAUACUGUGGACAGUACUUCAUCACCCUUAUUAUUGGUAUUAACAGAUAGAGACAAAAAUAUCUCCAGGAUUUCUUUUUUUUUUUUUUUGUCAUAGUACUCUUUAUGCCAAGCUUCUAGACAUUUUUGCUAGACACUAACACUUCCUUUGCUUAAGAAGUUUUCUAGAUCAACAUCUAGCUAGAUAGGCUAAUUGUUUCAAGAAUUCCCCAAACUAAGUACCUCUGAGUACUCAUCUAGCCCUGUUCUUACUUCUGAUAGUUUUCACUGGAAAAAAAAAAAAAAGAAAGAAAAUGGAUCUAUAAAAGCUCUCUUGGGAUCUCUUGCUGUUGUCUUCUGGAAUUCCAGGGAAAAUUGACUAAGAGAGCUUGUUUAGACAUAAACAUAAACUUUUAUUUCUUUAGGGCCUUCUUUUUAUAAAAAAUGCAGAAUUUAUUGGUGCUAUCUUGAUAAAACCUGUUGAGAUUAUUUAAAUACCUCUCUUAAUUAUUUAAUAAAUGAAUGACAUCAACAGAGAGGGAAUUUUGACCAAGGUGCUUGUUACUUGAUCAGUAACUAAUAAAUGAUUCAUGCCUCGUCUGAGACAACAGUGAUCUCAGAAGCUUGCUUUCGUGAGAAGAGGGGAGAAAUUCCCUUUUCUGUAUCUCACUUGAACUACUUUAAAGUGACUGAAGAGUAUGGAGAUUUCAGCACACAAUAGACUGUUAGUUGUGCGAACUGUGUGUGUUUACUCUUUUCAUUGAAUCUAAUACUAUACGUUAAUGAAGCUAAAAUUCUUACAUUGCAGUGCGAGGAUAUUUCUGCCCUGAAAGGCUGCUGAAUUUUUUUUUAAUACAAUGAACUGUUCCAAACAUAUAUUCAUAAUUUUUAAUGUGUCUGUCAUUAAAAAUGAAGUAUUUUUUUACAGAUUUUUACAGCUUUUAUUAGAAUACUGGAGUUCAAAGAAUGCGACAUACUCCAAUCAGGGAAAGCACAAAUAAAUCACUAUUUCUGUUGUCACAGGAAGUUGUUGUCUUUAAGAGGUUUAGUAAAGAAGAGGCCUAAAAUCCUGAGAAGUCAUAGGGAAUUUUUCCAGUCUUCAAUACUUUUGAAUUAGACUCUGAGUAAAGCCAGGGGAAAAUCAGUAUUCAGAGGAUCAGCAUCAGCAGGGGAAUUUGAAGAGGCUGAAAGUAAGAACAAGGAGCAUGUAAAUUCUGGUGUUCACCUAUGGAUGUUACACUUUCUGGAUAAACAGACGAUUUAUUCCACCUGAACUAUCCAUAUGCCUCUUAAGAGCAACAGAACCAAGAUGCAAUACCUCAGUAAAAAGAACCCAGUGGUUAGCCUAGAUUUCUAUAAAAGCGUGGGCAACAUAACUUCUUUGUGUGCCUGUCACUUUUAACCACCGUCUUUCCCUGCAAAGUACCUUUUGAUCUAUUUGAAACAAAUUUGACAGAGAAAUAAUUGCCUGAAAGGCAAAAGUUAUGAAAAAAAUGAUAGGCAACUGGCCACAGGAGCACUUCUUCCAAACCAAGAUACCCAAGAACAUUUGUGUUGUUAUUAACUUCAUGGACGUCAAGUGUUUAAUCUGAAAAAAAUCAGAAAAGUUUUCCACAUCUCUUUUGUACUCACUGAAACUCACUGAAUGCCUUGAAGUCUUUAUUCACCCAUUCUAAAAUUAUAAUAAUAGCUUUGAGAGAAUUAUAUAUAUAAUUCAGUGAAUACUGUGAUUCUACAUUAUUUACAUCACAAGACUGGUGCUAUUGUAAUGCUUGUAUUCAGAACACUAUGUAUAUUGUUAUUCCUAGCUUUGUAAUAUGUGUUAAUACAAAACUGAAAUGUAUUUUGGUAAAUACAUAUGUCUUCAGUUCCAUAAUCUCACAAAAGCUUUUUUUCUACUGAUAAAAACCAUAAUGUUGGGUAUAGUAGAAAUGUACUUAUAGUGAAGCAUAAUAUACCUGCUGUUUACUGUAUGCAGUUUCUGAAUUCUGUUUCUUCUUCUGCAUGAGCCUGUUCCUGAAUUAAUACUAUAAGGACAUUUGCAUUGUUAGCAAACCAUUUUUAAAAGAGAAAACAUUUUAUUUUGAGAAGUAAAUUUAAGAAAAGUUACAGAUCUGCAAAACAGAUAUACAAGAAGAAGAAUGAAUUCAAGAAAGACUGUCAGUCCAUAAAACCGAAUUUUAAUAUGACUCUUGAUUUAAAGCAGAAUGUGAGAAAACAGUCAUUGUCCCUCAGUAACCUCAGUCAUAGUCGUGGAAGAGAUGCAGGUCAGUUCUCCUUUCUUAUUACCUUUAAGAAGCUGUGCUGGUUGUAAUAUGGAGACCUCUGCUACUCUAAUUCCAUUGCUUAAUUACCAUCCUCUACAUUAGCAGUAUAAAGUUAAAAAACAAGAACUCAGUAGGAUUAGUUUAUUUUUAUAGUGUUGAGAUAAUGUAUUUUUUUUUGGUCAGAAGUAGUCCUAAUGAAUAGGAAUCUGAAGUACUGGAUAU